AUGAACUCGCUCAAGGUUCCCGAGGGCGGGCUGCAGCUCGAAGGCUCGGCUGGCAAGGAUGCUAGUCUGCCUUCCCAAGCCUUUGCUCUCACCCUGAGCGAUGUCGUUAUUGAGGACAUGAUCAAGUGUGUGCAGAAUGGCGAUGGCAUUCAGCUUUCACUUGGAGCCAAUCCCACUUUCCUUUAUGGCUCCCAGUCCCACACCAUUUCUCCUCCAUCCGCCUCGAACCCAUACGACCUUUACCUCACACGCCCUUUCGAAUCGACUCGAACGGCCGAAAGGAUUCCUCAUACAGGCACUCUUUUUGAAAAGCCCAAGGGUGCUGCUUCGAAGAAGUCGCAGGCUAGCAAGGCCGACAACACCAUUGAUGCAAAGACCGCAAAGUCCAGCAAGAGGGCUGCAUCCUCAGGAUUGGAUUCUGAUGUCGAAGCUCUUCAAAAUGGACUUGCGGCUCAUGCUGCCUCUCGGGAGAAGGCACGCGUGGUCGACAGAUUACCCGCAAAGAAAGGCGCGAUCAAGACCAAGACCAGCAAAACGCUUAGCUCCGCCGCUCCCCGAUCGAUUCCCCAAUCUCCAGGUCAGGUGUCGCUAGGCUCUGCCACGCCCAUUCCAACAUCACAAUCCCUGGACAGAGCCAAAGGAGACCGCGCCAUGUUGGUGCAUGAGCUUGCUGUGCAAGAUCGUUCAAUUGACUACCUGUCCAAGAAGUGGGAAGGCGCGCAAGAGGACAUGGAACCCACACUACGAAAGGUUGCCGAUUACAUUGACGACAGUAGGAAAUGGGCAUUGAAGAAACGCGCAUGGAAAGACCUUGAUGUUUGGAAUUACGAUUAUGAUACCCAAGAACUACGACAGAAGGCAGUUGACAACGCUGUUCGGCAAUACGACAAGCAAAGGAUUACCAUCGCCGAACCAGAGUGGGACAGGCUGUUGCCCAAGGAGGAACGAGGAACCGGGAAAUGCUUGAGCCGAGUGCAGGCCAACCUCACCAAGAUCAGCACUCCAUCGAUCAACGUGGAAAUGGUGGACGGUGGCUCCACGCCUCGAGAUAACGAAAAUGUUCUGGAUACCGGCCGGCCAAGAGCUAGCGGAGAGGCCAUGUCUAGGUCCACCUCGAAUCCUCUGUCCAACAAGGCCAAAAAGCCCACAGCUCAAGAGGCUCAGGUCAAGCGUCUUUUGGGCAAAUCCAAAUCCAAGACGGCUACAUCAGCUGCGGCAAAGCCUGCAUCAAAGGCUAGUUCCAUCAAGGCAUCGCCCACUAAGCAGCGACCCGCAGCUGCACCCAAGGCUAAUGGAGGAAGGGUCCUAUCGCAGGCAAUCAUCUCCAACUCUGACAGUUCAGAGGAUGAUACCGCUCCCAUGGUUCAGUCCAAGCCAAAGGCAGCCCCCAAGCCGGCGCCCAAGGUGAAGGAUAUGGUUGUGGCCAAACCACGACCUCCGAUGAGGGAGCCAGUGAAGCAGCAGAUCACAGCGAAGCGACCUCGUGAAGACGACGACUCCAGCUCGAGCUCCGGAACACCUUUGUCGAAGCGCAUCAAGCCCAAGCAACCACUUGCUGGCCCUCGACUCAAGCAGCGACCGUCCGAUGGAAGCCAGAACUCUCGGGGGACAGUCACAUCGACUUCGAUGAAGAGCAAGAACACCUCGCCGACAAAGUCGUCGCCUCUUGCAUCGUCACCGCCCACCAACGCUUCAGAUCUCGAGAACGAGGCACGAUCUGCGCCAAUCGUUACAAAGAAGCGCAAGGUAGAGAGCUCAAGCAAACCAAAUGCUACGAAGCGACCAGCUACCGCGAUCUUCUCGGAUGAUCUCGUGCAGAAAGCACAGGCGUUCAAGGUUUGCUACCAAAAGUACGAAGCGUUGCACAACGAGGUUUCUGCCUUGAGCAACCCUUCAAGCAGAAAGCUAGACCAUCUCAUGGAGAUGAGGAACCGACUGAAAACGAUGAAGAUGGAGAUUUACAGUGAAUGCCCUCCUGAGAGGAGUUAA